GGUUGAAAUAAACCAGAACAGAGCAGCGCGGUGCUGGGUUCAAAGGGGAGGGUGCGACGGUGUUUUCUGGGGGACGCUGGUGCAGGAGGUAUGCAAUGGGGUACUCUGGUUGAAAUAAACCAGAACAGAGCAGCGCGGUGCUGGGUUCAAAGGGGAGGGUGCGACGGUGUUUUCUGGGGGACGCUGGUGCAGGAGGUAUGCAAUGGGUUACUCUGGUUGAAAUAAACCAGAACAGAGCAGCGCGGUGCUGGGUUCAAAGGGGAGGGUGCGACGGUGUUUUCUGGGGGACGCUGGUGCAGGAGGUAUGCAAUGGGGUACUCUGGUUGAAAUAAACCAGAACAGAGCAGCGCGGUGCUGGGUUCAAAGGGGAGGGUGCGACGGUGUUUUCUGGGGGACGCUGGUGCAGGAGGUAUGCAAUGGGUUACUCUGGUUGAAAUAAACCAGAACAGAGCAGCGCGGUGCUGGGUUCAAAGGGGAGGGUGCGACGGUGUUUUCUGGGGGACGCUGGUGCAGGAGGUAUGCAAUGGGGUACUCUGGUUGAAAUAAACCAGAACAGAGCAGCGCGGUGCUGGGUUCAAAGGGGAGGGUGCGACGGUGUUUUCUGGGGGACGCUGGUGCAGGAGGUAUGCAAUGGGGUACUCUGGUUGAAAUAAACCAGAACAGAGCAGCGCGGUGCUGGGUUCAAAGGGGAGGGUGCGACGGUGUUUUCUGGGGGACGCUGGUGCAGGAGACUGAACGUGAAACAUGAAAUUUGACAGAUUCACCGUGGAGGAGCGACGGGAGAUUAUCUCCAUAUACAGCACGAUGAGAGGAAGUGCGCGGGCAGUGGGCGUGAUGUUCCACCUGAAAUACCCGCACCGCCCGAGACCUUGCACCGCCACGGUCUACAAUGUCAUUAAGAGGUUUCGAGAAACUGGAUCUGUGCACCACGGGCCUCGCCGACAGGGGCGGAGUUUGAUCAGCGACAGCGCGACGGCUUCCUCACUCGUGACAAACGUCGCUCUUAAUCCCCAGAAAUCAACACGCAGCUUGGCUCGGGAGUGCGGGAUUUCCACGACGUCUGUCACACGAGUCCUUCAGCGCUGUAACUUCCACCAGUACAAAGUGCGCAUCGUGCCAGACCUGCAGGCAGGCGCAGAGGCAAUUCAAGCAGCCCCUGCUGCGUGGACAUGGGUUUCUUCACACGGUGGCCAACGUCGGACACCUGGAGAAAGCGGCUUGUCUGCCAGUGAGGGGCGCUGUGCAGGAAUGGACAGCGAGGGACAGGGAGACGGGAGGAUUCUGGACCCCGUAGGCGAUGCCCUUAAAGAGGACAGGCUGCCUUUUAAAGACGUCACAAUCCCACUGGUAAAGAGCAAGCGUAUUCAGCAGGAUUUCAAGUACCGUGCUGGUCGUUAGGGAAAGCAAGAAUGAACUUCCUGAACCAGAGCAAGUGAAAGGUGUCUCUGAGUCGCUGCAGAGCAGAUGAAGUGGCCAGACCUGCCCUUGAGAUCACGCUCGCUCCACUGCUCCUGAAACCCCCACAGGGACACUGCAGAGAAUGCACCUGGAGAGCUGCUGUGCCAGCCAGUCACAGUACAUGCAGGAUUCACAUGUUUUUUUGUACUAUCCCCCCUGCAGUGAACCAAGGGAUACUUUGACUGCUGAGAAUUGUGCACUGAUAAAGUGCCAUUGACACUAAACUGUUACUUCAUUAUCUCUUUUUAUUGUUAUUUUUUGUGGCAUCUAAUGUAAAUAAAUAAAAAAUUGUAGCAAACUUUCUUUCUAUUUCAACCAAAACAGAGAGACACAUAACCUGGAUAUUCCUGUAGCAAUAGUUAUGAAAGCAACGCUGAGGAACACAGAGAUACAAAGAUCUACCCCUGCUUCCUGGACUAAUACCACAGGACAGCCACACUGCAGUGUAAACCCUGAGACACACGCAUUAUAAUAACCCCAGUGAAGACAUUACUCAAAUGAGACACACACACACACCCCCAGUGCUGUAUGUCCGCUGUUUUAUUUGUUUUGCCAUUCUUGUUAAUAUAUUAUCCAGAUUACACAAUCAAACCGAGAAGUGUAUUGAUGCCACACUGCUGAAACGACUGUGAAAGCCAAACUCUGCAGUCUCUCCUUUCAAAUAAAAAGUCAUAAUUUAUUACAAGACUCAGAACAAAUCACAGACUAGUAGCAGAAUAACAGACAUUGCAUUCAAACAAUACCAGUGGCAGCAUUACAGUUUUAAAAGGUUCAAAUGAAGCAACAUCUCAGAAGCUGCUGUGUGGAAAUGGAUUCUAAAACAGUAAUGAUAAUAAUGGGGUUGAACUGGCGGUUUUAAAUCAGCUGGCUUGGAUGUAAUCAUAUUAGCAGUGGGUCAGUUGCAAUGAACUAAAAAGCAUCGUUCUACUGUAAUGGGGCUCUUAUUAUCCGACUGCAAUAACCUCAAAGGGCUCAAGACAGUGCCUGGGUUCUCAUUUACACUGAACACAGUCCCUGCAUCCCAGCGGGCUGUAAUACACAUCACCACAAGUGCAAACGUGCAGUACUAGCUUUGUGAAUGAGACCUACAGAUUCAUUUAGAAUGGGACAACUAAUGCAGAAUGUUACUGCUUUCAAGAAUGCCAUGUUGCUUAUAUUUGUUAAAUCAAGUUCAUAGCAGCUGUGCCUCGCUGUGCAGGGGGGGGUGGGGGAUAACUGGAGCGCACUGCAGCUCACUGGAAGGGGAACUGAAGCCGGGAUCACGUGUACCGUGACUAACGGUUAAAAACAUUACAGCAUUUACUGUACAUUAGAAAAGGGACGCCGCGUCUUUUAAACUCCGGCAGGGGUAAAGAUAGAAAAAUAUUUCGUUAUCCAAAUGCUUAUUAUAGACACGUAUUUAUAUGAACACACUGAAACAAUGGGACGAGGUGGGUGUUCGACUGCCUCUUGCAGCGAUUUUACAGAAGGAAUAAACUGACAAUACGGGGGGGGGGGGUCUGAACA